AUGAGACUUCUUUCAGGAAUCCUUGUUUCUGCAUACGCCGGCGAUAUGAUGAAGAGACAUGAUAAAAUAUUGGGACAUCUCAACCGUCUUGCAGACCAAGCUCUGGAUCUGACGAACAAAAAAGAUGCCCGUCACGUCGCAAAAAUUCAAAAAUGGGCAGCGCGAGUAGUCGAAUCAAACGAUCGAGAUGGAGCCCCGUGCGAUGACACCGAUGAUGAUGCCAACGACUUCUUUGUUUUCGACAAAGAAGACUCCUGCAAGCUAAACUCUCAGAUCAUGUCUGCGAUCAGAUCAUUCGCGAGAAGAUUUGCAUGCAACGGGAGAGGCAAUGUGCCAAGACAAAUUGCAAGGCGAAGCAACAGACUUAAGCAGAACUUCGAGCGACGAAAAUGCGGAGUCUCAACUGCUCAAGAAACCACUGCAGCGCCUCAAACCGCCGAGUCAACGGAGCCACCGACUGAACCAGGAAGAGUCUGUCCCAUCAUCUAUCAUAAAACCGAGGAAUUACUUACUUACGAUGAAGCCAUAGCAUAUUGCUAUGAGCAAGGCAUGGAGCUCUCCUCAGUGCCAGAUAAUUGGAUGAAUCCUCUUUGCUGGCAUCACAUGGUAGAAAUCAUCACGAGCGACGUGGUGGAUCCGCGUGCCGAGCAACAUGCCUGGAUCAACAACGACAACGGAGAAUGCUCGGUGGUGAACUACACCAAAGAAUACUUCAUCUACGGUACAACAAAUGUUGUCUAUUCUCCCUUUUACUUUCCCGAUGCUUGCGAGUCAAAAUUCAAAGCUAUUUGCUCGAUGGGAGAAUUUGAAACUACAACGAGGAUUCCAACCACUCCAGACUACUGA